AGCCUGGCCGCGUGACCCGCGCGCGCCAAUGGCCCGGCGGUCUCCGGGGCGACGCGGAGGGUCCGCGCUCCGCCGCCACUGCGCCCCCGCCCCGAGUCCGCACUGCAGAGAGUGGUGGCGAGCAGGCGCCGGCGCGCUAGCCCACGUGCCGCGCUGAGAGAGGGACAGGGAGAGGAAGAAGGAGAGGGAGUGAGAGGCAGCCAGGAAAAGAGGGGCGCACGACCCCGCUGCCGCUCGGCGCAGCCCCUGCGCCCCACCUGCUGGGACCUCGACGAGGAAGGACCCCGACCCAGAGGAAGGCUGUGGAGACCUGGGCGGUUCUCUCUGAGUCCUAGACUCCCUCACUAAUUCACCACCCCCCCCCCCCCGCCCCCUCCACCCUGCCCAGUGUCACCCUGGUCCGCGCCGGGAACCGUUUCCUACGGCUGAUAUUAACCCCGCGCCGGCGGAAAUUGCACGCGAUGGCGGUGACGUUGCUGCGGGACUGGUGCAGGUGGAUGGGCAUCAGCGCUCGAAGGGGUCUGCUCAUUCUGGGCAUCCCGGAGGACUGUGAUGAAGCCGAACUCCAAGAGUCUCUGGAGGCCGCCCUGUGGCCCAUGGGUCACUUCACCGUGCUGGGCAAAGUGUUUCGAGAGGAGGAUAAUGCCACUGCAGCCCUGGUCGAGCUUGACCGGGAAGUUAACUAUGCUUUGGUCCCCAGGGAAAUCCUGGGCACCGGGGGUCCCUGGAACGUAGUCUUUGUGCCCCGUUGCUCAGGCGAGGAGUUUCUCAGUCGCGUGUUCCACUUCCUGGAGCAACAGGGGCAGACGGUGGAGAGUGUGGCUGGGGCCCUGGGGCUGGGACUGCGCCGGGUGUGCUGGCUCCGAUCGGUCAGUCAGGCAGUCCAGCCCUGGGUGGAGACCAUGCGGUACCAGCGCCUGGGCGUGUUUUCUGGGAGGGAUCAGCCCGCCCCGGGGGAGGAGUCCUUUGAGACCUGGCUAGACCACACCACAGACAUGCUACAUGUAUGGCAGGGAGUCUCAGAAAGGGAGAAGAGGAGGCGGCUGAUGGAAGGCCUUCGAGGGACGGCCCUGCAGCUCGUGCACGGGCUCCUGGCAGAGAACCCUGCCAGGACGGCUCAGGACUGCCUGGCGGCCCUGAUCCAGGUGUUUGGAGACAACGAGUCGCAGGCAACCAUCCGGGUGAAGUGUUUGACAGCUCAGCAAGAGUCAGGCGAGCGGCUCUCUGCUUUCGUGUUGCGGCUGGAAGUUUUGCUGCAGAAAGCCAUUGAGAAGGGGGCCCUGGCCAGAGCCUCAGCUGACCAUGUACGCCUGAGGCAGGUGCUCACCAGGGCCAACCUUACUGAGCCGCUGGAUGAAGCGCUGAGGAAGUUGAGAAUGGUUGGGAGGUUUCCAAGUUUCCUAGAGAUGCUGGGGCUUGUUCGGGAGUCUGAGGCAUGGGAGGCCAGUCUAGCCAGGAACGAGAGAGCCCAGGCAGAGGAAGGGGCUGGUGCCCGGGCCAAUGCCCAGGCUGAUGCCAGAGCCGGUGCUAAGGUGGAGGAUGACAAGGUGGAGGAGAAGGAGCAGGAAGAGCGGGAGUCUGAGGAGGAAGACAGUGACGAUCAUGACGCUGUCCUUGCGGGCCUAGGUCAGGCAAGACCCUCAGAGGCCCCUGGGGGCCCCACCCCUGCCCAGAUGGGCAGCGCUUCCAGGGAGGGCCCGGGAGGUCCUGGCUGUGAGCCAGAGGGCUUCGCCCAGGCAGGAGACCAGGAGACUGGGGAGCCCCUGGAGGAGGGGCUCAAGCCCAUCCCAGAGGAGUUGGGAAAUGAGGACGGGGCUGGGGAGAUGAGCCCCCCCAAGUCCUCCUCGGGCAAAUAGGCUCAGAAGGCCCAGAGGCCCCCUCUCCUCUCAGACAGCAGAGCUCUGGAGGCAGGGGGAGGCCACUCCAGGGCAGCAGCCUCACCCCACAUGUGGAGCAGGGCCAAGGGAAGGACCCACCCAGCCCAAGCCAAGCCCCCGGGCACUCCACCACCCCACGGGGACCUGAUCACCACCAUCAGCCCUUCCAAUGGACCAGGAUGACCAUACUUGAUGCAGAAUGGGGCAGGGAGGGGUGCCCCCUCCCAUGGCAGCUGAGGCAGCCCCAGCCCCAGCCCCAGCCCCAGCCCCAGCCCCAGCCCGAAACCCUGCCAGUUCAGGCAGCCAGCCUGGGAAGCACCCUGAGUGGCUGGCCCUAGCCUAGGUGAGGGGCACCUGAAAAUGUCUGCCACCCACACUGGCCUGGGAGAUGUUAGGCGCCGUCUCAAGGGUGCCGGCCCCUCAGGCCGCCCAAGAGGGGGACCCUCGUUCACUGACCCGUGGAGCACGUCACUCCACGCUCUGAGAAGCCCACUUGUGCCUCUGUAGGCCCCUUAGUGACCCCCGUGUCAAGUGACACCCCCAGCUCCCCCUACACGCACCCUAGUUACCAUUCCCGUGCAGAGCCUUGAGGUGUGCAGGAGCCCGCGGCGGGUGUCCUGGCCUAACACAGCAGCCACCUCUCAGCCCCGGGUGUGUGGCACGAGCUUCAGUGCGAGCCCAGGCUCUGCUCGCUGUCGUCCGGUGUCGUGAGCUCAGCCUCUGCUUCCUCGGUGUAGAUUUAGGCCAACUGCUGCUUGUUCUUGUGGAGAUGUGUGUGUGUUCUUAUCUGAGCAGCCGCCCCCACCCCACCCCAGAGACCUCUCGAGCCCAAUCCCAGGAGAUGGCGGGAAGGACAGAAGAGAGCAUGGCUGGUGCUCACCCCGUGACCUCAGGAAGGAGGAACUGGACCAAGGACAGAGGUGGCCUGUGGGAGUCUCCACGGAAACCGUGCUCUGAUGUGCCAUUCUCUUGUUACUUGUGACUCAGUUUCUUCGGCCUGUCUGAGUACCCCGUGCUGCAUUUUCCAGCAUCCUGUGACUGUCCUGUGCAGGCCAUAGGGCAGGGCCAGGCCCCAGCAUGUCGGCCAGAGUGGAGAGUGCCCUAGAGUGAGGGGCCAUGGCCAGCAUCCAUCAUCCUGGCCAGGGGCCGAUCGUGGGGCCCUCAGGAAGGGAGACUAUGGCAGGAGGGCCACGGUGUUGGGGGAAACGGAGGCACCUCAUUUGGGACCCCAAGAGGAGGGGGUCCGUGACCUAUGGGCUGUAGUGGCCGUCAGACGUUCCUCUCUGUGUUGUCAUUCCCUCUCUUCAAUGGUUUCAGUAAAUGUUUCUCUUCAAUAAAUUUCAUUGAAUGUU